AUGGAUUAUAAAGCAAUUGCCCAACAAACUGCCCAAGAAGUUUUAGGUUAUAAUCAAGAUACAUCGGACUGGAAAGUGGUUAAAAUUUCAAAAAAGAUAACUGUUUCCAGCAAGCCUUCUAGAAAAUUUCGUGGAAAUCUAUAUCGUGUUGAAGGGAUAAUUCCAGAAUCAACAGCUAACCUAUCUGAUUUCCUCUACCAACCUGGAAACAGAGUUACAUGGGAUAAGUCAUUGAAAGUGUACAAUAUGGUACAUAGGAUUGAUGCGGACACAUGCAUAUGUCAUUCCAUUACACAAAGUUUUGCCUUGGGCUCAAUUUCCCCUCGAGACUUUAUCGACUUAGUAUAUAUUAAACGCUGCGAAGGGAAUAUGGACAUUAUCAGUUCUAACAGUGUGGUUUUUCCGGAAUAUCCUCCAUCUUCAAAUUAUAUCCGUGGUUAUAACCAUCCUUGUGGCUAUGUAUGUUCACCACUGAGAGAAAACCCAGCAUAUUCCAAACUAGUGAUGUUUGUCCAGACAGACAUGAAAGGAAAAUUGUCCCCAUCAAUAAUUGAAAAAACCAUGCCUUCCAACUUAGUAAGCUUUGUCCUCAAUGCAAAAGAUGGCAUAAAGGCAUACAAAACUCCAUCAGUACGUGGAUGUCAUCGUAAUGGUCAUUCAUCAUUCCAAAAGAAGAAAUGA